UCUAAUUAUCAAAAAAAAAAAAAUGAAUUGGAAGUUGGUUUUGCUAUUUGGUUGGAUUCUCCUCUCGUCUAUUGCAUUAAACCCAACUUUGGCCAAAGUAACUUAUCCAUCUCGCAUGACAAGUAAGUUUCCGUCACUUAAAUUUGGGAAUAUACAUAUCAGCAGAGGAAUGAAGAUUGGCUUUACAGGCAGUUUCUCUAGACCUGCUCCUCACGGAAACGACCCGCCGAUCAAGAAAAUAUCUAAACUAUGACACAUGUAGUGAUCUUUUCGAUGUAAUCUAUAUAUACGUACUAAGAUUUCUGAUUAAGCUUGUUAAGUUGUUUCAAAUAAGUUCUCUUCGAAUACUGGAAUUUAAACUAUUAUUAGGGAAAAGGAAGAAACCUAAAAAGUCAAUAAUGGUUUCAUUGCAUGCAUAUCACCAACAUGCAGUGGAGAGAACGACCCCUGAUUAUAUAAAUCUCUCUGUCUAAACAGUCAUAAGAUAUAAUAUUUUGCAUAUUUUAGCCU